UUUUCCUCUAGUUCCGUCGGUAACCAGCUGUUUUGUACCGUCGUUCCCUUUUUCCUUUGGCUGCCUAACCGGCCACCCGAAAGAUGUUCCGAAUUGGAUUAAAAUUUCCGUGCAACGGUCUAAAUAGGGUACGUAAAGUCAAAAAGCAUGGAUCUUCUAGGCUGUAUUUGACAACUAGAUGUUACGAGACACGUGCACGAAUUAAAUACGACCCGGAAUGUAGAUUUUCCAAGGAUGCGGAGCUUGUAUCCAGAAUAUCUGGACAUAGGUAUUCCACAGAUUCAACAAAGAGGUAUUCAAGCGAGAAAAGUAGAGGCUCGAGAACACUGUUAACUCUAACUGCCGUGGCAAUAGGAGCAUCGGGUGUAUUGUUUUACGCAAAGCAUAACCCGGAAUUCCGUGCAAAUCUUGAAAGUUGGGCACCUGGUACGGACAAAACAAUUCAGAUCAUCUUUCAGGAGGAAUCAUCCUAUUUUGAAUUCAUACGUACAUUCUUUGAAUCGUUAAAGCAAACAUUAUUAAGUGCCAUUUUUGGAGGAGAAUCACAAAAAGAAUCAGGUCAGAAAAGAUUAGAUUGCGCGAACCUUGAAGAUUAUAUACCACCAAAGCCAGUUUUUGUACCACUCAUUGAUAAGAAGGAACCACCUAAUGACGAACCUUAUACCGAAAUAAGAUUAAGUAAAGGAAAAGGAGAAGAAAUCGAAAUCGUGGCCGAAAAACCUCAGCCACCUGCCAAGGAUGUAUCCGAGGAAUUGAUGCCAGUAAAUCUGGUCGAACUGGAAACUUCUGCUGGCGAAACUGCGUCCAAAGCUAUUGCAGCUUAUCAAACAGCAGCGUGUGCUAUUCAAGAUUACAAUCAAGAUGUGAUAAAAGUCGUAGAAAGUGUUAACGCCACCGUUGGUAGCUCUGUCUGGAACAGACUAAAGGAUGCAACGGAGAAGAGGAGGGAGGCCAUUAAAGAGGCGGAAGACCAUGCCAAUCAAGCACUCGAUUCGUUGAAAAAGAUGUAUAAUUUAAUCGACGACCCUAAAUUCGAGGCGCCGUCACACAUGAAAACUGCCGCUCGAAGAAAUAUCAAGAAAAUCUUAGAUGAUGUGGACGAAGCGAAGAAAAAGUACGAAAUGGAAAUACAAAGUGGCAAUAUGGCCGAGCGUUACUGGAAGCAAGUCAGAACUGCCCGUGAAAAUCUCAACGAAGAACUUCAGAUACUCUUCCCCGAUAUCAACAUUCACGAGAAAAAAUUGGCCAUCGACGAAGACGCUUUUGACUUAUUCGUUCUACACAUGUAUAACAAAGUGAAUGGUUUGCAAAAGGAAUUGGAAAAAAUGAGGACGGUCAACGAGAGCAAACUCAAGGCAGCAUUAAAAUCAUCGGGUGACGUAGCGACUCAGGAAAGACUCGACGCCUUGGUAUGCCUCGAGCUGGACAAGGAGAAGCAAAUUCUUCAGGACGAAUUUAACAAAAAGUUGCUGGAGGAGCAGAAAAGAUUCGAGGACGAGAUACGACGGCAACUGAAACUGCAAGGGCAGGUGCACACCGAUCACAUUCAGGACGCACUUGCGAUAAAGGAACAGGAAGCGGAUAGGAAGUUGAAACGUGCACUCAGCGAGCAAACUGAAAAAGAUUCGUUAAAGUAUAAGUCACAGCUUGCUGCAAUCGUCGGAAGGUUACGUGGUUUGGAAGCUGCGCUGAAAGCUCGCAUGGAGGAAGAAAGGGGUGCAUCGAAUGCUCAAAUUCUUUGGUCAGCUUGCCAAGCCUUGGCUCGAGCUGUUAAAUCAGCGCCAGCAGGUGCGGCCGUAGAGGAAGUCAUCAGGCCUCUGGAACCGGAAAUCAAGGCCGUCACCAAGGCAGCACCCAAAGAGGAUCCUUUGGUGCAAGCAGCGAUUCAAGGCAUUCCAGAGGAGGCUGCGAAGAGGGGAGUGUUCCCAGAAGACGUGCUCCGUGCAAGGUUCCUCAAGGUGGAAGAGGUGGCCAGACGAUUAGCCAUGGUACCCGAGGAAGGUGCUGCACUGCCUGUCUAUUUCCUUAGUUAUCUUCAAAGCUACUUGAUGAUUAAGAACGCCAAUCCCAUUCCCCAAAGUGAGAUCGAGGACAAGCCGAUUGAUGCGAGCAGUCUUAACACAUUCGAGAUUCUUCAUCGGGCCAGAUAUUGGCUCGAUCGUGGAGACUUCAAGAUGACUCUCCGCUACAUGAACCUCCUGAAAGGAGCGUCAAGAUCCAUCGCCAGAGACUGGAUGAACGAAACUAGGAUUCUUCUGGAGACUCAGCAGGCGGUGGACACGCUAUUGGCGUAUGCUGGUGCUAUAGGUCUAGUAUUCCUCGGCGCUGGAGAUUCGAAGGAAGAAAAAAAGAGAAGACGGCAGUACGAGCUUAUUCAUUCACCGAAACGAGCGAAUAAAGUUUUGCGAAACUUUUCUUAACUUUCUAACCCUCCGAUCUCGCAUUUCCCUUCGUCCCUCCUCUUUGCGCAUACUCCUUAAAUUAAGAAACGAAAAAAUAGGAAAUAAAAAAGGACAAUUGUCUUAUUUAGACGUAUGUUUUCUUUAUCGGUUUUUAUCUCUCACGAACCUCUUUAAUAACGUAUCUAUCAAAACAGUACUGGAAGCGAAUGUAAAAUGUCACGCUGCUGUACGUUGAAACGUCGUAACAUCUAUACUCGCAGUCCUAAACAACUUUUUCUCGCGAAAAUCAUGUGUCCACGUACGCACGUCGAUCUUCGUUUGCGCGACACGCGUUUGUUCGAUUUCGGGCGCAAGCUUGUCUUUUUUCUAAUUUCUCGUUUACUUCGUUCUUUAUUCUCGUCUACUCGUUGACCUCUGCCAACUUAUUGAUAUGAUUAUAAGAGCUUGGAACGAUGUUAGAUUUAUUAUCGUUACAGACAACGACUCCCUCGUUGGAUAUAGUAAAAUCUUACACGCUAAAGAAGUCGCCUAGAAUUAUCGUGAUACGGCGUCGCAACUCGUUAAUUUAUUGUUCGAAAGCAUUUCAUUGGUUUCGUUCUCUUUUCUCUUUUUCAAUGACUCAUUCCGUCCUUUCCUUCUCACAAUCCUUUCUCUAUUGUAUACGUAUAACAAUACGAAAUGAUUCGAGGUAGAGAUCAUUAAAAAUCUAUGUUUUUUUUACUACUUUUGAUUUUUCUUAACCCUUUCGUGGGCACAAAAUUUUCUUCGACUCUACUAAAUUUUGGAAGAAAGCAACAAUUUCAGUACAAAGCAUCGUAUUCAAUAAAAUAUAUUUUAUGUUUGUUUUCAUUAAUUUAUCUCUCUUUCUUUCUACCAUUGCUUACGAAUAAGGGUAGUAAGUGCUUAUUAAUUAUCACACGUGUGCAAUCACAAUUUUAAUACGAUAUUCUCGACAUAAACCAUAUUAAAUAGAACGUGCGAUUAAUUCGGUAAAACCAAUUUAUCCCUUUCCUUUGUACCAUCCCUUAGAAACAAGGGUGGUAAAUAAUAUGGCGGUAAAUAUCAUCAGCUGUGCCGAAUAUAUUUUAUUAAAUUCAUAUUUAUACUAAAAUUUGAUUUUCCGUUUUCUACGAUUGUUUACGCGCUUAGUUUAGUAGCAUAGAGGAAGAGGGAAAUUUAUUUUCAACUAUUUUCGCCGCCUAUGAAAGGGUUAAGUUCAAUUAUCAUGCAUGCGUGUAUCAUACGUCCGCGUGGAAGAUGGAGGUUUGAGCCACAACGAUCGUGAAUCUACGCGUACACCACUUUGCGUUAUAAAAAUACAUGGAUAAAGUGUAAGCGAUGCUUGAACUGGUAAUCCACGACGAUUGUGGCCGUAAUGCGAACAUUCUUUCUUUACUUCAAAAUAUCAUAGAAUUAGGAUAUUCGUACUCGAUUUCUUCUGCGUCUCUGACGAAACAUCUUUCUUAAUUAUUUAUCAAAUAGAUAAAUCGUGCAGCUUUUCGUAUUUCAAGCCUAAAGCGCCUUAUUGCUAUCGGAUUUAAACAGUGGAAGCUUCAACAAGUGGUUCGUGUCGUAUCGUUGUUAAGUUCAAUUCGUGACCGUGUCUUUCGUUAUACUAAUUGUAAGUACCAGAAUAUUAAUUAUAUACACGCAUGUAUACAAUUAACUAUGUAUAUAUAAGAAUAGUUGCGCAGAAGGAUAUGUUGCGAAUGUCGGAAGAAUGACGAAUAUUGCGACGUGACAACGUUUGACAAAUUCCUAACAUUUGUACCAUAUCGCAUGAUACCGUGACUUGACAAAUUUCCAAUACUGAUACUACUGAAUAUUAAAACAAUUUUCAUCAUCGUAUAUGCAUGUACUUUCCUUGAUGCGCCUUGAUAUAUUUUUACGUCGGAUCUCGCCAGACGAGAAAUUUUUAUUUCAAAUUCCAUUCCAUUCUGCGCUAACUUUUCCACCUUUAGUUAUUUUUGUCGUGUACAUGUUAUACUACUUCUCCGUUAUAUCCAUUAUCUAUUCAAAUUCACAAAUUUCCAUUGCAGUACAUAGUGGCAGUACCUAACCCAAACUUAAUCUAACUUUUUCAUCGUGAAUGAAAUAACGUUUCAUCAAAAACCCGCGACUAGAUAAAUCGGCUUACUUGCGUUAUCUUCCUAAAGAAAUCGAAUAAUUUAAAUAUUUACUUUACGCUUCACAGUCUCACGUUACUAUAUCUACCUCGAAACAUUCGCCCAACUAUAACAACAACGUUAAUCGAUCGGUCGACAUCCAUGACGGGAAACAGAUUAAGCGUUAAGUAUCGUUUACGCUAGACUCGAGCUAAGUCUCACUUUAGAUAAAUCGUCUCUUGGCCUAAUUUCAACAGAACAGAUAUGUAAUCGCUAAUAAAUUUCUGACGCGCUACGUUCGUGAUUUUUUUUUUUUUUAGAUUUUUUAAUUUUUCUUUGCACUCGUUCGCGAAACUGAUAGAUUACCAUUUCCUCUACAGUUUUGUGACUCGCUUGGCUUACUCUUACUGGCUAAUAGUACUACUAUGAAUAGUACUACGUUCAUACUGUUUAGGAAUUUUCAGACGCUGGUCAGCGGAGAGAAGAGAACAGAUGCGCUCGUUUCGAUCUCGAUCAUGUAACCGAAUUCUGUGUUUUAAAAAUGAUGACAAUUGAAAAUAAGUGGCACUUUGUUUCUUACUUAAUUUGUAAAAUUAUUAAAAAAUCGCGAGCACGACGGUUUACCAUUUAAUAAAAAUAAAAAAGAACUUGGUAGAGAAGGAAAAUUUAUUCUUUUUUUAAUUUGAUUUAAGUUUGUAAAAUUUAGAGAGAGGAAGGCAUUGGGCAUGUGAUCAAGUGCUUUGGUGGUAGAAUGGAACUGCAAAUUACCUCGUGCGACAAUCGCUACUUUCGUAAAUCUCUACUCUUGGUAAUCGAUUCAUUGUUAGACGAAUGAUCUGUUAAUUGGCAGACCUUGCGAGCAGUGUGAAAAUAGUGAAAUUGUGAAAAAAUUGAAACUGUUGAUUGAGAAGGUAUUCCUUGAAAUUAAAAUCUCACGAGAUUCUACAGGGUGAUUUCCUGGUAGAUUUAAUUUAGCAAGAAAGAAAACGAAGAAGAAGAAUGGAAGAAAGAAAAAAAGAUAUAAUGUAGAGAGAAUUGAAACGGGGCAAUGCGCUGUCCCCUCUCGCCAACCAAUAACGUACACGCAGUUUGUUUUAAUAUCUCACGCGUGCGUUCGUUAAUUACAAUUAUUAAGGCUACUUCAAAGCGGUUACAAGUUACAAUACGGUAGUAGUAAUAAUCGACAAACUUUCCACUCAAUUUCGCCGCCUAUCGGUCUUUAUCUCUACUAUGUAUAUAUGCGUGUAUAUAUAUAUAUAUAUACACAUACAUAUAUGCAUAAUUCAGUUUAUGUAUAAUCGGUGUGAUGUUUCCUGUUUAGUGUCGUUAAUCUUUAGUAAUGGUAAUAGUUAAUCGUAAUAGUAGUGAUUAGUAGUAAUUAGUAGCAAUAUAGUAAUAAUAAUUCACGAUAAUAAUAAUAAUAAAUCAAUAAUAAUAAUAGUAAUAAUAAU